GCUCACUACUGGUCAUCUACCGGCCAAACACUCAGGAACGGGUCUGACGUGGAGAAGUACAUGUUUGCGGAACAUCUGGUUCACACCGUUGCAACUUGCGUCCCUGCUGAGCCGCUAGUAUUUUGGCUGCGACCUGCAGCUCUAUAUGUCUCGCUCCGUGAAAGCAGCAUCGAAUGGGUCUACUCAACGCUCAGACCAUGCUGAAGGUGACAGGGAGCGACCGAGAAAACGACAGAAGAUUUCACCCCAACCUCAUUCUGCCUACAGCCCAAGCUUUCAACAGAUCAUACUGGAAGAAAUCGACCUCGAGGUAGCAAUACGCCAACGUAUAGCUCAUACGGUGCAAUCGCGCCUCACAUGGGCACUGCUACUCCAAGAGUCUCUGGACAGGAACGCUGGAUCUCGUUCAGAUGAGUUCCGCACUGCAUCUUUGGACGCUCUGGACGCUAUCGAGGCUCCCUGCGACCUCCUUUUCAAUCGGGACAUCAGGCUAGCCCCCCAGCCCCUUCACCGUCCGGCAAGCAUUCCCCCUCCCCCCACUCUUCCAUCUACGGAACUGUCUUCCCUACCUCUACCCAACCUCCCUUCGCGAUCUACACGCACCCGCGGCCCACCCCGCGCUGCACCCGCCCCCCGCGAGCGCCUCCUCUACAUCCGCAACACCGCGACCGACCCCCCAGAAGUUGCCAAGCUCGCCUGCCAUGUCUGCGCACGCUCCGACUUCUCGAGCUUGCAGGGCCUGCUCAAUCACUGCCGCCUGCGGCACCAGAUCGAGUACGGCAGCCACGACGAGUGCAUGCAGAGCUGCGCGGUGCUCGUGCCGCAGCAUGAGCGCGACUGGGUGGUUGCGUGCGGGAUUGAGGUGGGCGGGGUGAGUCUGCCGAGCUUGAGACGACUGUUCGAGAUUGCCGUCGGUGCGGGCGAGGGCUUGGCCCUACCGACGAGAAGACCAUCCCCUGCAGUUGCACCAAAACCUGAAGCGGCGCUGGAGGAACCUUCGGCCUCUACAGAAACAGCGAAAGUGCAUGAACAGGCUCCGAAGGAGAUUUCACAGUCAAGCGCACACGUUACGAAGACUUUGGGAUAUCACGCCGAUACUCCUGCGCUCGCGCCUUUCCUCGGUCGUGUACCGAAGAAGAGAUGCAUCAACGUCCGCGCUAACGAAGACGAGGUUGUGGAUAUCGGAGAUACUUCUGGAGGCUCUGGCCUACACGCGCGACAUGUCUGGCGCAAGCCAUAUGCGCACCGGAACAUCGCUCGUAAGGAGUUAGAUGAAAUCGUCCCGCUCAGUACACUGCCCGACAACGUCCCCGCGGAAGACCGGGCACCCGAGAGUAAAUCUCGGCCUGAGGAAACGGAUGGUAAAGCGAGCUCUGCACUGCAGAUGCUCUCUGGAACCCGGUUUCACAUCAAUGCACGCGUGAAGGUUGCAGACCACAGUCUUUUCCUUCCUCCAAAUCAUCGCCCUACGCAACGUGCGGAUCACACCCACCGGUGGCGACUCACAGUGACCUCUCCUCCAUACAGUCUCCCAAUAUCGUCGAUCCUGCGCACGUUGACCGUCGCUUGUGCGACCGAUCAGCCGCCCGCCACUCUGGUGGAGCCCAUCGUCGUGUCCAAGCCGCCAUUCAUCGUAACGGGUACGGCGGAGAAGCCCUUUCUUGCACGCUUGACGUUUACGUGGGCUGGCACGAUGAACCCCCCCACGGAGAUCGAGCAUUGGGUCGAGCUGGACCCGAUGCACUAUCUCAAUCCUGUAGAGGGCGAUGAGCAGAUGUUCGAUGUCGAGUUGGACCGUAGCACCGAACUUCUCCCCGUUCCCGCUGAUGAUCAGGAGCCCUCUUUGGAGGACAUGCACGACGCGGAUACUGCACCCGAUGCGCGGGAGGCUGCUCAGGCCGAGGAGGAAGUUGAACUUGAAUACGCGAUAAAGCUGCGCACUCUGGUGCCACAGUUCCCAAUGACGCUGAAAGACGUGAAAGGCCGCUUCUCCACCCGCCUGCCGUACACAUUGGCUAACAGCCCGGCCCAGCUCCAGAGCCUUCAUUAUGGUCGUCAGAAGUCCAUCGAGAUGGCUCGCGCCCGUGCAUUACGAGACGCAUAUACCCGUCUCAGCGAGCAGAGCCCCGGCACGGAUCUCAUCCCGCUCACCACCGUGGACGUCUUCCGCUGGCUCGAGGACGAGGGCUUCUAUCCGCGCGCCAGUCCCACGGCUUCACUAUCAGAAUCGCAGAAGCUCGCAAGAUCAUCACGGCGGCAGCGUGGCGCGGGCGCGGGCGCGCACGACGGCACCGCGUUCUGCCGCACAUGCGGCCUGCACCGGACGUACCAUCCCAACGUCGCGGACGAAGACACGAAGCCCGUGGACAUCAAGCCGGCCAUGCUCGGUGCGGCGUUGGAGCGGGGCCUGUGUAUGUCGUUCGCAGGCACAGGCGCGGACGCGGAGCCCACGCGCGCCCCCAUCUUCGACGUCCAUUCCCUGCUCAAAUUUGCCCCGACAAGCGCGGAGGAGCCUGCACCAUACGGGCUCGGCCGCGCGAUCUUCGUGGCGCCCCCGCAAUCUGGGGCUCAGGCUGAAACACCGUUAGGCUCGCCCGCCACGGACUUGGUAUCGGUCGCGGACCCCGCGCUCGUCGUUGCUAUCCAACGCCUCACCAGCCUGCCGCGGCGCCGCCGCAGCGCCCCCGCUCUUGGCCACGAUGACGACGUGCCGGUGGUCGCGCCCGCCCUAGGCUCGAUAAGCACGAUGGCGCGUUCGGCGGCUGCGGCGCACUUGGCGCCGUCGGCCCUCCUCGCGGUCGUGCUCAAGCCGCUCGUGCGGCAGCUGGUCGGCCGCGGAGUCGAUACGCUACGGCAGGACGAGGCCGCGUUGCGUGUUGGUACGGGGCGCCACGAGCGCGCGCGGCGCGCCACCACCGCUGUGGUGGAGGGCCCGCGCAGGGUGCUCGCGCCGUCACACGUCCUGCGCGGGGUGGCGGGCGUCGCGCGGACGGGGACGAGCGCGACAGGGGGCGCGUUGCGCGUGUGCCUUGCGCGGCUGGGCGAACGUUGUGCACCACUAUCACAGGGAGGGGACCCGAUAGACGGGGCGUUUCAUAUAUGGAGCGGGGCGUCUAGUCACCGCUACUUUUGA